CCUUGUCUAUGUAACAACAAUAGCAACAAGUAGACAGCUGGGAGGAUGGAUGCUGCGAUAUCCAUCCUUUUCUCAUGUAAACAGUUGCGGUUUGUGUUUGAAAUGUGAAUCUGUAACAAUCAUAUAUAAAAUUUGGAUUUGUGAAAAGUUUGUGUUUGUGAUUUUGUUAAAAUAUGGAUGAGUCCGGCAUUGAUAUGGGAUACGAUCUCGCAUCCCUCCUAACAAAUGAUUUCAAUGUGGACCAGAAGAUUUUAGAAGAGAUGACUACAGCCCAGCAUCAUCAAGAUUUUAUGUUCUAUGAGCUCAAGUCCAAGGCAGUCCCAGUAACCGAAAGCCCGCCCACAUUCAAGACGCUCACACCGACGUCACGCACACAGCUAAAGCAACAGUUGAUGCGAGAGCAUGCGCAGGAGCAGCUGCGGAGAGAAUCUUUACAGGCACAACAAGCAGGUCAAUCAAAGGAGAAUGGAGAAGAGAAGAAGAAGUCGAGUCCAGCGGAGGUGCCGAGGAUCACGCCACACGUGGAACUGCCGCCACAGGUGUUACAGGUGCGAACAGUUCUGGAGAACCCCACCAGGUAUCACGUGAUACAGAAACAGAAGAACCAGGUGCGACAGUAUCUCAGUGAAUCAUUUACUCCUCAAGGCCAGGUAUCCUCAAAUGGCCGCAGUGCGCCUGCGCAAUCAGCGCCAGAACUCAGGCGAAAUAACUCGCCUGAUCGAGCGUCUUCGUCUGGUCUCAUGAGUCCUGGCAUCUGUUCUGGGGGCGGUAACUCCGAAACAGACGAGUUCCUAGAAGAUAUCCUGUCACUAGACGGUGGGGCGGGUCCCCUCUCGUCGUCGGAGCCCGCGUCCACCGCCAGCUCGGUGGCCGGGGACUGCGCCCUGCUCACCGACGCGGACAUGCACGCGCUCGCUAAGGACAGACAGAAGAAGGAUAACCAUAAUAUGAUCGAGCGCCGCCGUCGCUUCAACAUAAACGACCGCAUCAAAGAGUUAGGGACCCUCCUGCCCAAGAACAAUGAUCCCUUCUACGAAGUGAUACGCGACGUGAGACCCAACAAAGGGACGAUACUGAAGAGCAGUGUGGACUACAUCAAGUGCCUUAGAGAUGAAGUUAACAGGCUCAAGCAGAGCGAGCAGAGAAGGAAGCAGAUAGAGUUGCACAAUCGGAAACUCAUGUUGAGGAUACAGGAACUAGAGCGACUGGCAAAAUUGCACGGGCUGCCUAUAUCUAGCGAGGGCUGGUCCUCCCCUCACGCGGAGGACUCCGGAGUGGACACCGCGCCCUCAGAGCCCUUCGCGUCGCCGGCUAGGACUCAGCAGCAAACAAUGAGUCAACAAAUGCUGGGUCAGGGCUGGUCGUCGCCGCACUCCACGGACUCUGGUAUGAAAAGCACGCCCGAGCCGUAUGCCUCGCCUGCGAGGACGCAGCCUGAUGUAAUGGUGCCCAAAUCCGAACCAGCUCCUCUCAUGGAACUAAGCGACCCUCCGCCGGACCUCUUGCGAGAUACUCCCGCUGGUGAACCGCUUUCCGCAUUGGAUGCUUUAGAUGGUUUGAAGCUGGGUUCGUGUUCGCCUCUCAGUCGAUCGGACGGUUUGUCCCUCGACUGCUUGGAGCCGGACCUGUGCCUCGAACCAGUGCCUGAGCAUCUGUUUAACCAUAAGGAUAUUAAGAUGCGACUAUCCCCGCCGCCGGGGUUGCUCAGCGGCGAGGAGAGCGAGGCCGUGCUCAACUUGGCGCAAAUAGAAGAUCUCAUGGACGACGAUUCGCACAAUCCCGUCACGCAAGGCGAUCCAAUGCUGUGCUCCUCCCCGACCUCCCAGCUGGGCCUCAGUGCAGCCGUGGCCGACGCCGCCGACCGAGCUCUGCUGCAUAUUGACCUGUCCUCGCACCAUACGGAGUCGUCGCUGCUGGGCGACACGUCGCUGGGCGUGGGCGCGGGGCUGAGCGACAGCUCACUGCCGCUGCUGCUGGGCCACCACCACGCGCCGCACCACUCGCACUCGCACGCGCACCACUGCUUCGACAUGGACCUCGGCGCAUAGUGUGCACCCGCCCUGUGCACCCGCCCUGUGCACCCGCCCUGUGCACCCGCCCUGUGCACCCGCCCUGUGCACCCGGCCCGGUGUGCACCCGCGACACAUUGCAGUGGCGUGUGUGCCGGCGUAGGAGCCUGUGUGCCCGCAGCUUUAUAUAGCGGGGUGACGUGUGUACCAGCAUAGAAGCGUGUGUGCACCUCACUUUAGCCAGAAGGGCUAUGUGUGUACCAGCGUAGGAGGGUAUGUGCACCCCGUCAUCGUUUGUACUGGCCCUUGCGUGGUGUACACUGCGCUUCGACAGUGUGCAUCUGCCUUAAAGACGGUGCGUGCGCGUAUAUGCAUAACUUUAUUCGAUAUAUAAACGUUAUAUAUACACUUUAUUUACACCAUAUGUGAUGUCUACACGCGCUCAAGCGACGUACACACACCCUUUUGUGUUUACAGUUCUUAUACAGAGUACACACGCACUUAUGCGGCGUUUAACGCGCUAUGCACACGUGUUUAUAGGUGUGUGCAACCGCCCUUAUGAGAAGUGCCUCAAUAUUGUGCUAGUUGUUAGGAUAUUACCGUGUGGUGUCCACACUGAACCGGAUAUAGAACUCUAAUGGUGCGUCCACACUGUGCUAAUUCAGUAAACAACCAUUUAUUUAAUAAAUUACAGUAAUGCAUUCAUACAGCGUCUAAAAUGUAUGAAACUUUGUAAUGAUACGCACAUACGGAGCCAGAAAAGUACAUAAAGAAAUAAAGAAAAAAGUUUGUGCGUCCAAAUGAAAUAGACUUGUUAAUGACUUCACUAUAAAAGUGCGUCUGAAUAGAGCCACUGUUGAUAUAUUAUUCUAUUACAAAUUGUAAUGGUGCGGCAAAACAGUGCCAAAUAUAUAUUAUAUUUGUUAUGAACAUGAAGUUCAAAACCUAUUUAUAAUGUUAUAUG